UUGGGGCGGGGGUGGGGGUGUGGGUUUCCCUCUUUCUUCUCUGCUUGACUAAAAACAAACAAUAUCCAGUCUUUCUCCAGUCUUGUUGUUUUCUUUCUUCCCCCAAAUGCCACAUGAUGAAUUGGAACAGAAAUGUCCUGAGGAUGAGUACGAGAGAAGCUGAUAGGGGUAAUAAAACGGCAUGCAAAUGGAGCGGUUUUCCAGUAUUAUCAAAUUAUAAGAGCAUUCAUUAUAUGUUAUAAACCAUUACACAAUGUACAUGAUCGUUGUCCUCUUAAAAAUGUGCUUUUCAGUCACCACUCUCCCUUGACGGUGGUUAAACGCUGAUCCACAACAGAGUGCAGAAGAUGGACUAUCAUACCUUUUUGGCUGUUUAACAGAGGUUCAGUAGUUGUACAGUAGUAUAAUUGUGUUAUACUAACCCGUUUGAAUAGCAUCUAUCAUGCGAGACUCGUUUUUUUUUACACAGGGAUUGAAGUGGGGAAAUGAGAGACUCAUCUGUCAUAUUCUGAUUGACGGCUAAUAUGCUCUAAAUUACACUGAACAAAAAUAUAAACGUGACGCGCAACAAUUUCGAAGAUUUUACGGAGUUACAGUUCAUAUAAGGAAAUCAGUCAAUUGCUAUAAAUUCAUUAGGCCCUAAUCUAUGUAUUUCACAUGACUGGGAAUACAGAUAUGCAUCUGUUGGUCACAGAUACCUUUAAAAAAAAAGGUAGGGGCGUGGAUCAGAAAACCAGUCAGUAUCUGGUGUGACCAAUAUUUGCCUCAUGCAGCGCAACGCAUCUCCUUCGCAUAGAGUUGAUCAGGCUGUUGAUUGUGGCCUGUGGAAUGUUGUCCCACUCAAUGGCUAUGUUGCUUGAUAUUGGCGUGAACUGGAACACGCUGUCGUACACGUCGAUCCAGAAUAUUCCAGAACACGCUGCAUGAGGCAUAUCUGGGGAGUAUGCAGGCCAUGGGAGAACUGGGACAUUUUCAGCUUCCGGGAAUUGUGUGAAGAUCCUUGCGACAUGGGUCCUUGCAUGAUCAUACUGAAACAUGAGGUGAUUGUGGCGGAUGAAUGGCACGACAAUGGGCCUCAGGAUCUCGUCACGGUAUCUGUGCAUUCAAAUUGCCGUCGAUGAAAUGCAAUUGUGUUCUCUGUCGGUAGCUUAUGCCUCCCCAUACCAUAACCCCACGCCACCAUGGGGCACUCUGUUUACAACAUUGACAUCAGCAAUCCGCUCGCCCACACGACACCAUACACACUGUCUGCCAUCUGCCCGGUACAGUUGAAACCCGGGAUUCAUCCGUAAAGAGCACACUUCUCCAGUGUGCCAAUGGCCGUCUAAGGUGAGCAUUUGUCCACCUGAAGUUGGUUAUGAUGCCGUACCGCACUCAGAUCAAGACCCUGGUGAGGAUGACGAGCACGCAGAUGCGCUUCCCUGAGACGCUUUCUGAUAGUUUGUGCAGAAAUUAUUCGGUUGUGCAAACCCACAGUUUCACCAGCUGUCCUCGUAACUGGUCUUAGAUGAUCCCGCAGGUGAAGAUGCCAGAUGUGGUGUUCCAGGGCUGGCAUGGUUCCACGUGGUUGUGAGGCCGGUUGGACGUACUGCACAAUUCUCUAAAACAUUGUUGGAGGCGGCUUAUGGUAGAGACAUUAACAUUACAUUAUCUGGUAACAGCUCUGGUGGUCAUUCCUGCUAAUUGCAUGCUCCCUCAACUUGAGACAUCUGUGGCAUUGUGUUGUGUGAAAAAACUGCACAUUUUAGUGGCCUUUUAUUGUCCCCAGCACAAGGUGCACCUGUGUAAUGAUCAUGCUGUUUAAUCAUAUGCCACACCUGUCAGGUGGAUGGAUUAUCUUGGCAAAGGAGAAAUGCUCACUAACAGCGACCUAGAGCCAGAAUGGCUGGAUGACGUCCAGAAGAACGGCGAGCUCUUCUACCUGGAACUGAGCGAGGGCGAGGAAGCGGCGGCAUUGGCUCAGGCAGCCGCCAAUCACGGCCUCUCCACCAAUCACGUCCGCUUCAGCGAGAAGGAAGCGGAGAUCAUCAGCGACGAGUCCAGGAAGCUUCCUGAUGGCGCUCCAACCAAAGGAGAGCCCAAGCUAAAAAGACUGGCCAGGAUCCUUAGGAGGAAGCGGCGACCAUCCCAGAGCAGAGGGCCCGACGGAGGAGGCGAAGACUCGUCAUCUCGUCCAGUAUCCAUCUUGAAAAACCAGGCAGGGCAGAGGGUGGGGGUGAUGGUCCAGCAGCUGAAGGAAGUGUUUCUCUACCUGAACCCCAAACGCCUGGGGAGCUGCUCCCCUCCUCCCCCGGAGAGAGGGGGUCUACUGGAGGCCCUUCUGGGGGUGGUGCAUCGCCCCUCCUGGGGCAGGGGCCAGGGAGACCCCGCAGGGAGGAGGGAGGAGAGGAUCACUGUCCACGGUCUGGUGCCCAACAGCCCGGCCGUCAAGUGUGCACAGAUACUGAUAGGUGACAACCUGGUCGCAGUAGACGAUGUGGAUGUUACCACAGAGAACAUUGAGAGGGUUCUGUCCUGCAUUCCUGGUCCUACCCAGGUGAAGCUGACCCUGGAGACAGCCAGUCCAGGAGGACCAGGGGAGGGAGGUGUGGACAUGUCCUCUGCUCCCAGGCUCAGGCCCUCUCCUUCGGUUAGCCAGCUGGUGCGUCUGCUGUGGGGCGAGGACACGGUGGAGCUCCAGAUGUCUAUAGGACACAUCCCGCACAUUGUCAUGUACCUGUCACUCAAACUGGACCCAGACUCCCCACUAGAAGAGCAGGAGAUCCUGUACCAGUACCCAGUGUCUGAGGCGUCCAGUCAGCUGAAAGGAGUCCGAGGGAUCUUUCUCACUCUGUCUGACAUGCUGGAGAAUGUCACCGGGGGGCAGAUAGUCAGCUCCUCUCUUCUGCUCAAUAAACAGCUGGUCCAUGUGGGCUACUGGAAGGAGAGCAACAACCUGCUGGUGAUCGCCCUGCCUGCUGAGAGGGUUCCUCUGUUGUAUCUGCAGACGGUAGUGGGAGGCGCAGUGAGGACUCUCAAGGUGAUGCACGGCUCUCUGGACAGUGCAUUCUGCCAGGCGGACCACGCCCCCAGGCUGGACCAUUUCUUCUGCCUGUUCUUCCAGCAGCUCAUCCAGCCUUCCAGGUUGAGAGACAGCUCUGGGGCCACGCCCACUGACCUAUCGGGGACUCUCUUCCUGGACGGACUGCCAGCGGUCCGGUGGCUCCCUCUGCCCCCUGAGAUAAAGAUGGAGGUGGACACUGUUCUCUCAGACUUUGAAUCGUCAGAUUUCGGAGAAAUGUCAGAGGACUUCUAUGGCAUGAGGCGUCUCUACGUGACACUGGGUUCCUGUCUGUUCUACAAGGGCUAUCUGAUAGCGAACCACCUCCCCAAGGAGGACCUGCUUGACGUCUCUCUCUACUGCCAGCACUACUGUCUCCUCCCCCUGGCCUCAGAGCAGCGCGUGGGCCAGCUGGUUGUCUGGAGGGAGGUGUUCCCUCGCCACCGCUCACAGAUCCACCAGACCAAGACCAUUAGCAACCACUGUACCAUGCCUGGCUACUGCCAGCCCCAGGGACGCUACUUCCUACUCAUAGUGGGACUGAGGCACUUCAUGCAGUGUGUGCUCCUGGAGGCGAGUGGCUGUGCGGCCCCUGCCACGGGGGCCCCAGGGCCCGACUGUGUGUACGUGGACCAGGUCAAGGCUACCCUCCUACAGCUGGAGGAGCUGGACUUAGGGAUGGAGGAACGCCUGGCCGCCCCGCCUGCCCCCUGCCUCUCCUGUGCUGACUGGUUCCUCCCCUCGUUCGUCCGUGACAGGUUAGACACCCUGGCUGCCUCGUCUCCUGUCCUCAGCAAGCUGGCCGGGGGCGUGAAGCCUCCCUCCUCGGACCAGGGAGGAGGAAAGGUGGUGGGCCGGAGCCUGUUUGGACGAGGCGCUCGGAGACCUAGCUCCAAGAGGAGUCAGUCCGACAGCGGGAGCGAGGGACAGUCGGGUGGGGGUGUAGGAAGGCCGACUGGACUCAGUCCGCACUCCACCCCGGACUCGGCCCGGAAGCUGGUCGGCCAGAGAGACUCGCUGGGUUCUGGAGGAUCUGAUGGGAGUCGAGGCAGUGGGAGCAUUUUCAAAAUUCCCAGGAUGAAGCAUCCUAACCCGUUCUACCUGGGCACCCUGAAGAAGAGUCUGACUGAGAGAGAGACAGGGGAGAAGUACAACACUAUGAAGUUGACGUCUGGGGCAGAGAACACUCUGUUCCACUAUGUGCUGAUGGAGAAGGUGCAGGGUAUCUUCAUCGCUCCUACACACAGGGAACUGGCCCAGCUCAGUGGCUCCAUCCACCCUCAGCUCAUUCGCAACUUCCACCACUGCUGCCUGUCCAUACGGGCUGCCUUCCAGCGGAGUCUGCCGCCCAGGGGCAGGCCAGGUACAGACAGACCCCAGGGGACCCAUGGGCUGGGCCCAGUGAAGGAACACGGAGUUCUGUUCCAGUGUAAACCUGAGAACUGGACCGACCAGAGGAAGCCAGCCCCCACCAUGACCUACUGGGUUAUAGGCCGGAUGCUUCUCGAACCCGUCCCUCAGGAAUUCUACGUGUGUUUCCAUGACUCCGUGGCAGAGGUUCCCGUGGAGAUGGCCUUCCGCCUGUCUUUCGGCCUGGCCUUGUGACGAGCUGUCUGCCGACAGUCUCUUAUGAACUCUGGUAACACUACUACCUAUCGGCAGACCAGACAACCCCAGAGCACAACCCUGUUCAUUAGGCACCAAACGGAAGAAAACAGACAGACGGGGGAGUACAUAAACUCCAAUAAGAAAAAUGCUUGUUCCCGUUUUCUAUCACAAAAUAUUCUGCUACGGUUUUCCCUAAUGAACACAACCCUGGUCUUAAAGGUUUCCCAGUUGACGUCAACGCCUGCUUGCAGUCGGUCGGAGAUAUUCUGGGAUCUAAAGACUCCCUCUUGUGCCUUGAUCACCUGACGGCAGGUAACAGGAAACCUCACAGGACCAAGGUUGUUCUGUUAGUCUUGGAUCAGCUCCAGUGGAACAGCAGGACUGCAUCCAGAUAGAAAUGUGUUUUGUGGACCAAACAUGAGGUAAAAGAAAGCGCGUCAGCUCUAUUCAUGACAUUUCUAUCUGUAACAUCCCACUACGCUUGCCUACUAAACAGGUUUUGGGGGCGGCGGGUAGCCUAGUGGUUAGAGCGUUGGGCCAGUAACCGAAAGGUUGCUGGAUUGAAUCCCCGAGCUGACAAGGUAAAAAUCUGUCGUUCUGCCCCUGAACAAAGGCAGUUAACCCACUGUUCCCCUGGUAGGCUGUCAUUGUAAAUAAGAAUUUGUUCUUAACUGACUUGCCUAGUUAAUAAAAAUGUUUAAAUAUACCCUGGGUUUAUCAGAUGCUAUGUUGUGUCCAAAAUGGCUCCCUAUGUAAUGAAUAGAUGAACUAAAAACUGAGUAAUAAUACCUCAGAAAACAUGCUGGAUUUUUUUUUUUUAAAGGGUAGAUGUGAGUUUGCAGGGAAAGCAUUGUUCUGCUGUUCUGGCCAUAGCAAGUCUCAUUCUAGUUCUGUGGUUCUGACAUUCCUGUUAGCUAAAGUGUGCCAGACCAAAUAAUAUGGGAAAAGUCUAAACAGCAUUCUUGGGACAUACCAACUCUUACGUCACGCCAUUGCGGGUGAAAUGUAAAACGGUAAG